AUUUAGAUUAUUCCCAUUUUAUAGAAUAGCCCAUUUCCUUCACUAAUCCAAUAACUCAAAUCAUCUUCUAUCCCCGAUUGAAUUGCUGCGUCGACCACUCACAACCUCCGCUUCUGUUUAGAGAUGAGAGCCACCACCGCCUCCACCUCUUUAGGUCUCCGGCAUCUCCGAAGCUUCUCUUCCACUGUCCCAUCUCUUUCCUUCUCUUCCUACUCCUCCAUCUCAUUCCCUCUCCACUCUUCUCGUCUACGCUUCCGCCCUCGCACACUCUCCCUUAACCGUCCUCACGCCACAAGCUUCAGCUCAUCACCAGGUGGUUCGAACUACGACGUGAUCGUGGUUGGAGCGGGACACGCCGGAUGCGAAGCCGCCUUAGCCUCCGCUCGAUUGGGAGCUAGCACUCUCCUCCUCACCUUAAACCUCGAUCGUAUAGCUUGGCAGCCUUGCAAUCCAGCAGUCGGCGGACCUGCAAAAUCACAAUUAGUUCAUGAAGUUGAUGCACUUGGUGGUGAUAUUGGCAAAGUUGCCGAUCGAUGCUAUUUACAGAAGCGCAUUCUAAAUGUCUCAAGAGGACCUGCCGUUAGAUCCUUACGUGCUCAGACCGACAAAAGAGAAUAUGCCAUGGAGAUGAAAAAGAUUGUGGAAAGCACUGAGAAUCUCAGUAUUAGAGAGGCGAUGGUAACAGAUAUCCUUGUUGGGAAGAAUGACAACGUUGAAGGGGUUGCCACGUUUUUUGGGAUGAACUUUUAUGCGCCUUCUGUGAUUCUCACCACUGGAACCUUUAUGAGUGGGAAGAUUUGGGUUGGUAGGAAGUCUAUGCCAGCUGGAAGAGCUGGCGAGUCUGCCUCACAGGGCUUGACAGAGAAUUUGCAGCAGCUUGGGUUUGAAACAGAUCGCUUGAAGACCGGUACGCCAGCUCGUGUUGAUCGCCGGACCAUUGAUUUUUCCCUCUUGGAGGCUCAACAUGGAGACGAAGAGGUCAGUUGGUUUAGUUUCGACCCAGAUUUUCAUAUUGAGAGAGAGCAAAUGUCCUGCUACUUGACUCGCACGACAGAGUUUACUCACCAAUUGAUCAGGGACAAUUUGCAUGAGACCCCAACGUAUGGUGGAUGGGUUGAAGCAAAGGGUCCUAGGUACUGCCCUUCCAUUGAAGACAAGAUUGUUAGGUUUAAAGACAAAGAGUCGCAUCAAAUAUUCCUGGAACCAGAGGGCCGAGAUGUUCCAGAGAUCUAUGUGCAGGGAUUUUCAACUGGUCUGCCGGAGAAUCUCCAGCUGCCACUUCUAAGAAGCUUGCCAGGACUCGAAAAUUGCGCCAUGCUAAGGCCUGCCUAUGCUGUUGAGUAUGAUUAUUUGCCAGCUCAUCAGUGUUCAAGGUCCCUUAUGACGAAGAAAAUUGAAGGUCUUUUCUUCUCUGGUCAGAUCAACGGCACAACUGGUUACGAAGAAGCUGCCGCACAGGGUAUUGUAUCUGGAAUCAAUGCUGCCAGACAUUCCGAUGGUAAGAAGCACGUUGUUCUUGAGAGGGAAAGCAGUUAUAUAGGCACUUUGAUUGACGAUUUAGUCACAAAGGAUCUCAGAGAGCCAUACCGCAUGCUAACAAGCCGUUCGGAACAUCGGCUUCUUCUUCGAUUUGAUAACGCGGAUAGUAGACUGACGCCUCUGGGGCGUGAACUUGGAUUGAUAGAUGAUAGACGUUGGAAGUUAUACCAAGAGAAGCAAGCAAGGAUUUCAGAAGAGAAGACGAGACUCAAAACUGUCAAGAUCUCAGGAGGAGGGGGUGAAUUGGCUGCUGAAGUUACCGAGGUGUCUUCUCAGCCAGUCAAAAAAUCAGCGACACUAGAGAGUCUACUCAAGAAACCCCAUGUCCACUACAACAUACUUGAAAAGCAUGGUUUUGGAAAUGAGACAUUGUCUAGAAUGGAGAAAGAGUGUGUAGAGAUCGAUAUAAAAUACGAAGGCUUCAUUCUGCGCCAGCAAAAUCAGCUGCAGCAGAUGGCCCAGCAAGAACAUAGACGACUUCCAGAGGAUUUAGAUUACUUUUCGAUGACAACUCUUUCCCAUGAAGGGCGUGAGAAACUAUCAAAGGUGAGACCGCAGACGAUCGGGCAGGCAAGCAGAGUGGGCGGAGUCAGUCCUGCUGACAUAACAGCUCUCCUUAUAACACUUGAAUCAAACCGAAGAAGAAGCCAAAGGUUGAAGAGAGGAAAAAUUUUGGAGCAUGCCUUGGCGGGAUCCAAUCCACGCAUGGUAGAAGAUAGUGAGCAUAUGGUUAAAGAGUGAUCCCAUAAGUUAUCAUUCAGGUCCAGCCCAGUGCUCCGGUCCAUUAACAAAUUGGCACAUAAAAUCCAUCUUCCGGUUUAAAUCCGGUUUUUGUACGAAUCUAGCUUUGGUCCGGUUUAAGUUUGAUUUAACUUUCAGUUUCCAGAAGGAAUGAUAGAUCAUUUUGUAUGUAUUGGAUGUUGACUCAGCGUUACGAUUAGCCGUUCUGACUCA